AUGGCGAUACUAAUCGCUGACGAUUCUCGGAAUAAACAGACGUUGAAUGGAACAAAUGUGAAGCAUUUUCUGAUGCCAUAUUUAGAAGGUUAUGCGGCGGGGAAGAACUUACUUGUGAGUCAGGUGCGUACAAAGUACUUACUGUGGGUCGACGACUAUUUUGAGUUUACCCGUGGCACCAUUUUAGAGCGGCUCCUUGAGAAAUUGGAAUCUCCCACAGCAGAGCUGGAUGUAGUGGCUGGUUUCAUUAGCGAUCACAAAGGGGGCGUUUCUGAUACCAUAAAUAAUGACCCAUGGAAGUGGCUAAAAUACUCGAGAGACCCGGAUGGUAAUGGAUGUAUAGUCAGGACGGAGACAUCGUUUCCAUACGGCACAGUAGAGAGAUUCCCUAACUGUGCUUUCAAGGACGUUGUGCCAAACUUCUUUAUGGCGAAGACUGAAUCACUUAGAAAAGUUGGCUUCGAUUCAACUUUUGAACAAGUAGCUCAUCAUGAAUUAUUCAUAGAUGGGUGGGGAUACUUGAAAAUUGUCCAGUGUGAUGACGUCACCAUUCUGCACGACCGAAGCAAAAGUAUAGUUGAAAGCACUUUUAUAAAUCAUCAUUUUUCGGAAGAGGAGCUCGUUGAACAUUCUGAUCACGUACUUUUUAAAAACGGACUGGAGAAUUUUCAAUCAUGGAAUCCACAUUAUUUUGGUAAACGAAGGAAUUAG